AGUAAUCCAGUAUAUAGUAGUCCUCCGUCCGUAGUAUAUACGGCAUUACACAAUAAUGGAGUAUUGUGAACUUCAUCUUUCUUCCUAGCUGAGAUCUACCCCGGCGGCGGCGGCGCGGUGGCCAUGGCCGUCCCCAUAGUUCACCGGACCUUUCUUCUUCUUCUUCUUCUUCAUUUCUCCUCAGUCCUCACUGAAACUGUAGUAGAUCUCAAGAACUACCCCAUCACUUCUGCGACGUCGUUUUGCCGCUCCACUCCCUACCCCGAAGCUUGUCUCAGCUCCGUCAAACUCUCCGUCUCAAUUCAAGUAAAUCCUAACAUUUUGACUUUUCUCCUCCAGUCCCUCCAGACCGCGUUGACCGACGCCGGCGAGCUCUCCCGCCUCUUCGCCGCCGCCGCCUCCGGCCACAACAUCGUCGAGACCCAGAGAGGGACGGUCCGGGACUGUACAGAGCUGAACGGGGUUACGGUUUCGGCGAUGAAGAAGUCCGUCUCCGGCGUGAAAUCCGGCAAGCUCGCCGACGCGAAGGCGUAUCUCAGCGGGGCGCUGACGAACAGAGCCACCUGCUUGGAGGCGCUGGAGACGGCGGCGGGGCCCAUGAAAGCGACGCUGUUGGGUUCUAUUCGGGACACCUACCAGCAGGUCAGCAAUGCCCUGUCUGCUCUCCCCCGACCCGGCGCCGGAAAUCGGCGGGGGCGGAGAAGGCUCAUGUCGGCAGAUUUCCCGGGGUGGGUUUCACGGAGGGACCGCCGCAUCCUUCUGCAGCAGCAAGACGACGGUGACGGCGACGCCGGGGAUUACGAUGGCCAGGGGGAGACGUUAACGGUGGCGGCGGACGGGACGGGGAAUUUCACCACCGUGACGGAUGCCGUUAACUUUGCGCCAAAUAACAGCGCCGUCAGGAUAUUCAUCUACGUGAGGCAGGGGAUCUAUCAAGAAAAUGUGGAGAUCCCAAGCUGGAAGCCUAACAUUGUUUUGCUCGGAGACGGCCGUGACGUCACCGUCAUAACCGGUAACAGAAGCGUCGCCGACGGCUGGACGACGUUCCGAUCCGCCACCGUUGCUGUUUCCGGCGACGGGUUCUUAGCCCGUGACAUCACCUUCGAGAACACGGCGGGGCCGGCGAAGCACCAGGCGGUGGCCCUCCGCGUCAACUCGGACUUAGCGGCGGUGUACAGGUGCGCCAUAACGGGUUUCCAAGACUCCCUCUACGUCCACUCCUUCCGGCAGUUCUACCGGGAGUGCGACAUCUCCGGCACGAUCGACUUCAUCUUCGGCAACGCCGCCGCCGCCUUCCAGGGCUGCAACAUCGUCACCAGAAUUCCCUUGCCCGGGCAGUUCACCGUCGUCGCCGCCCAGUCCCGGGACAGCCCAUACGAGGCGACGGGGAUCUCCAUACAGAACUGCUCUGUUUUGGCCGCCGGGGACCUGGACGGAAAUUCUAACGCCGUCAAGAGCUUCUUGGGCCGGCCGUGGAGGAACUAUUCCGUGACGGUGGUGAUGGAAUCGUACAUCGGCGGUUUCAUUGACCCGCGUGGGUGGACCCGGUGGGCGGGCGUCGGCGGGGACGACCAAGGGCUGGACACACUGUACUAUGGGGAGUAUCAAAACAGCGGUCCGGGUUCGGAUACGGAUAAUCGGGUGGAUUGGGCGGGUUAUCAUGUGAUGGAGUACGAUGAUGCGUGGAAUUUCACGGUGUCGGAGUUCAUCACCGGCGAUGAAUGGUUGGAUUCGACAUCCUUCCCUUACGAUGACGGGAUCUGAUUUUAUUACACCUUCUUAUUUUAUUAUUCGGUGUUGUAAAAAAUAAAAUAAUGUCAAGAUUUUAAUAGAAUCAAUUUCACUAAAAAAU